AUGGCGACAGCACAGAUCCCUUUGCCUGAAAAGUUAGAUUCAAAAAAGCCAGAAGAUUGGAAGCGAUGGAUAGAACGCUUUGAAUGCUAUCGCAUUGCAGCGGGACUUGACGACAAAGUCCAGAUAAACACUUUGGUUUAUGCAAUGGGUGGAAAUGCCAACGAUAUCUUGAAAAGCUUUCAUCUCGACGAAAAAGACUAUGUCUACGAGACAGUUAUUCAACAAUUCGCAUCGCAUUUUGUGAGACGGUCGAAUGUUAUAUUCGAACGAGCUCGCUUUAAUAAACGUGUACAAGGCGAGAAAGAGUCGGUGAUCGAUUUUAUCGAAGCUAAUUAG